UGAUAGACGCUGGAUUGGUAGGUGUCGGUGGGGUCGGACAGCAUUUCUGUUGUUAUCCGACGCCGACUGCGAAUGAUCAUAACAGCGACAGUGUCUCGGUGUGUCGUGGACUGGUCCUAAGGGGCAGGUUGAAGCUUCAGAUAGGCGUCUGUCGUAUCCUCAGACAGCUUUGCUGCCCUCACACGGUGAUCAGUCAGCUCCGCAAUCUGUACGCUCUCUGACGCGGGAAUACGGGAGUUGAGUAUCCUCGAGUCCGCGUCGCGCACAUGGCGCAGCCGUUUGCCGAGCACAGACUCGCGCUUGGCAUCUUGAAAGUACAAUGCAAGGCCAAGGCUGGCGACGCGGAAGGCUCAGCGGGACCUUGACGUCACUUGCGAGACUGGUCCAGGUUUGUCUCCCAGUGUUCUACAUAACGGUGCGCCCUAUUCCAAAUUUACCCUAUCUUCCCGAUGCUCUGACUUAUCGCCGUAGAUCGCCCUUCCUCAUCGGUAUGCUUAGUGCAUCUGCAUCACGCGCAGGCCAUGGCUUUGGAUGUCUGCGGCGUAUCCACGCAGACUUGAGAAUGGAGAGCUCGACGGCUCCCGCGCGAGUUUCGCCCUAGGAGCAAGCUAUGGACCCCGUUUGUUCUGUCGGUGCCGGAUCAUGCUGCUAGGCCCUCCCCGCUCCAAGCACUCGACCUAUCGGACCAUGUCGCGGGAGAAGACAGGAUCUACGAUACAGGAACGUGCAUUGGAGGCGGGCGAGCAUGUCUUCGGAUUGCUAGGAUCCUUUAUGGUACGUGCUAUUGAACUUCACAGACGGCAACAACGGAGAGGGAAGGUGGCCUUCGGCGUGCCGCGGAUAGGGCCCCUCCUUCUCGGA